UUUCAGGGAAGUGAAAAAACUUCUCAGCAUGACUUAACCGUUAUAUAGAAUGUGUUGUCUAGUUUGAAGAGAACACAAAUGAUGGAAGGUUUAGCUGCGUCUUAAAUCAAUUAAAUUAUACUCGUUUCUUUUCUAAUAUUUAAGUAAUUACCAUAAUCAAAACAAACAAACAAACAUUGUUUGUUGAGCAAAAAGUUGGAACCCAACUAAACACACAUCGUCGCCGCCCCUCUGUUCCAAUCAUUACGGUAACCUUCCUCAUGCUCCCGGAAAGGCUAUUGUGUUUUCUGUGGCGUACGCUGAGCACACGCCUGACUCUCGCUUCCUUUCCCGAGCGAACCGUCUGCGGCAGCGGGGAGAAACAUGUCCACGAACGUGCCGCCGGGCAGCCUGAGCCUGGAGUCGCAACUGCUGUCCAUAAUGGACGUGCUGGUGAAAGCGGCGGUGGCGGAGAUCGGCCAGUUGUUCUCGGAGAGCUCGGCGUCUCUGCGGCUGCAUUUGAGCCAGAGCCUGAAGGAAAACGAAGCCCUGCGGGUGCGCGUGAAGGCGAUGCGGAGCGAGCUCUUCUCCCUGAAGCUGCAGAACCGCACCAACCGGCCGGCGAGCCGCUUCUGCCCCGUCCGGGCAACCCCCGCCCGACCGCGGGCGAAAUCUCAAGUUGUAAUAAAACCACCAGUGGCUCAAAAAUGUAUUGGGGAAGCUGCUUCCAUUUCCCUCCAGUCAGACAAGAAUACUUCCUCCUCUGCCUCUGAAGUGCAGUGUGCAGAUGUGGAGAGUCCAGAUGUGAUUCUGAUCAAAGAUGAAGAUGACAUUGGAGGAUGUGAGCCACAUGAAGGUCAAGAUAAUGUUGGAAACCACAGAACUCAGGGCAGCGCUGCCACAGAACCUGCUGGUUCCUGCCUGACGGGCGAUAACGAGGAGCUGAGAAUAGUGAGCGUCCACGGCCGAGGAGAGUUGCCCCUGCAGGAGGAAGGCGACACCCUCUUCACCGCCUCUGAACUGCAGGCUUUAAGCUCUCUGUCCCCGGACCACAGUGUCGCUCACGACGGCAUUAUGAGUUUCACCUCUAAUGACCGAGCGCCAGCGAGAGCCGGGCCGGACAACAGCGCGGGGCUGGUCAGAAGCAGCCAGCUGGAACGGAAUCAUUCCACUCAAAUGUCUUCUACUGUGUUGAAUUGUUCCAUUCAGACCACUGUAGCCGGGUCUGAUUGCCAAGUGGGCCACUCCAGUCACAUCAGCCAGUUCCCACUGCAGCAAAGCGUCUUCGCCCCCUCUGUCAGCAAAUCCCUGGACUGCAGCUUCUGCGGGGAGCACUUCCUCUGCCGGGAGGAGCUGAUCGUUCACCGGGCCAGUCACACGGGGGAGUCCCCCAUUCCUUGCUCCAUGUGCGGCAAGUCGUUCGUCAACAAGACCACGCUGAGCAUCCACAUGCGCAUCCACACCGGGGAGAAACCCUACGUCUGCCCGCAGUGUGGCAAGCGCUUCACGCAGAACGGCAGCCUGAAGAUCCACCUGAGGACUCACUCCGGUGAGAAGCCGUACACCUGCAACCAGUGCCCGGCCAGCUUCAACAACCCCAGCAACCUGCGCAGGCACAUGAUCACACACAUCAGAACCGAGUGGUCUGACUGAGCAGGCUUAGCAUAGCUAGCAUCCUCCUUUAAUGACACUUAAUCCACAGUGAAUGAACAACUGGGUAAAUGUAUAAAAGUCUGCAUUCCAAGCUGAAAUAUAACAAGCACAGCAAAUUAAGAAGGCAGAUCCUUGCAAUAUAUUCACAUGGUACUGUUGUGAGUCUUAAGAGUACAUUCAACAAGGACGUGUUUGAUGAAUUAAUCGUUUAAUUUGUUUGUUUUAAUAAUGUCUUCUUUUCACAUAUCCAAUCAUCUACAUGUAAACACUGACUGUCAAAUAUUAGCCUCCGUUUAUAGUAUUUAAUUAAAUUUACCUUCUGUACUUCCUAUAGCAAAGUCACAUUUUGAUCUGGUUGAUAAUCCUGUUAAACAGUUUUGAUGUCGCCUUCCUUCAAUUAGCACACAGUGCUAGUAUUAGUCUUUAUUAUAUAUAAUAUAAUAUAAUAAGACUAUAUAUAAUAUAUUAUAGUCUAUAUUAUAUACAUAUAUAUAUAUAUAUAUAUAU